AUGUCAUCACAAACACAUCAGAGUGAUAAAACUUUACAAAGAGACUCUCCUAAAAAUAGUUAUUUAUCUACUUUGACUGCCUUCUCAAUUAUAUUAGGUUUUGCAAUUCUAAUUGGAGUAGGAUUAGAGAAUUAAUAAAUGAUCCAAUAAUUUCAAUUUCAAUCACAGUCACUCAUUCUAUUAAACCCUUUUAUUUGGUUCACACAUAACUCUUUGGCUCGUCUAUGCUCUCUAUGUUGUCCAUAAAGUGUUUUAAAAAGAAAAUUAAAAAAGAAAAACAGUUAUUUGAUUAGAUGUACCUAUCUUAAUGAGUGCUUAAUGUGCUUAUUAACUUGGAAAACAUAGAAAAGAAAAUAUGAUCAUGCGUUUUGGUUCUAAAUUUAAUCAUCUCAAUUAUUCCUCGAUAAUACUUAUAUCAAAUUUAUAAAAUCAAAUUCAUUUCAAUCUGCUAAUGAAGAUGUUAUUAUGUGUAUGAUUUAAACAGAUAUUUACAAUGAUUUUAUAAAAUUAUUAUCACCAUCCUAACAAUAAGCAAUAGAAUAUCAACAUUCAAAGGAGCAUGCGAGUAUCUAAUUUCUAGUUGUCAGAGAGGAUUAACAAAAAAAUAAAGAACUUAAAGAAUAAGACAUAUAUGAUGAAAUUGAGGCAUUAAUUAGUAUUUCAAACAAAUAAUAUCAAAAAUAAAUUAUUUUAGAAGAUUCAAAAAAGCAGGAAAUAGGAAAAGAACAAAUAUUAAAAGAGAAAUUUUAUUUGUUUGAAAAAUUAAUUUAUUUAUACACUAGAGAUGAGAUAUUUCAAGUCUUUAAUUGGUAAUUUGCUUAGCAUAACUAUUAAAAAAUUAAAAAUAUUAUUCUCUGUCUUUAUCAAAGAUUUAAGUAAAAUUAAUUAAAACAAUAUAAAAUUUUUUUAUCUUUUUUUAGAGGAAUUUAUUUUGAUUCUAAAGACAUAUUUGACAAAUUAUCUAAGAUCCAUAAUCUUCAUAAAAGGAUGGAACAUCUCUUUUGGAAUACAAUUACUAGUGCGUAUUAUAAUUUUUGUUCAAAUGGCAAUUAUGGAAUAUUUUAUUAACUCCUAUUGGAUUAAGAUGUUCCUCAUCCAUGUUUUAAAUUAUAAUUGUACCAUACCCAUUAUCCAGAAGAGGAAGAAGUACUACUAUUCCCAUAAUUUGAAUUUAUUGUUUAAGAAACCAAUAGUAUUUAAUUAGAACCCACUACAAUCUAUACGGUUACGAUUAAACAAGUAACUAUGCAUUUUCACUUUAUCCAAUAUUGA